AUGCCUCGGAUUUUCUCCCGGUUCAAGCGUUCUCAAAAACCUGGAGGACCCAGUGAUCUCACUUCUGAAAUCACCACACGUGCAUCCAAUUUACAGGAGUCUGCACGGGAUACAACUUUAGCACCUCCUACUGAUACUUUGCCCAUGACAACUGAUGGGGACUCUCAAAGCCAUAAUUCGGAUGAAAUCACUUAUCCCGAUAAUGGAUCAAUAUACAACCGUCCAUACUCUACACUACCAUCUUGGAGUCUAGCAAAACUACAGAGAGAUUAUGAGCCGAUAGAUACAUUCAAUCGAAACAGAUUGGGACCUCAUUAUCUACCAAUUGUUGAUGAUAUGGAGGGUCGUUAUAACACUUAUCGUCUUUUCACGGAAAUACGCAGAACAAAUUUAGGAAGAGCCAGUAAAGUCGCUUCUCUCAGUGGAGAAGUUUUAGCUGCAAUGUUAGCAAAUUUUACCUUCAGUGAUGCCAAUGGGACUCAUACGGAAAUAUGGGUGGAUGAAGAAGAUGAUUCAGCACUCAAAGAAAGAGAGCUUCAUCCUGAAGAUUUUUGGUCUUUUGAUAAUCGUGAAGAACGUGUUUUGAUGAGGAUGCAACGAUCAUUCGCUGGACUUCACAGAGGUAAUGUCAGAUGGCCAGGAAGAGUGAAAGAAGUUGAAUGUUAUGAAGAUAAAUGUGAAAUACCUAUGGAGGAUAGUAGUAUUACUUUUUGGUUUGAACCUUUCAUGACUGGAGAAGAGGUGAUGAAAUUCCGUGCAGCUCAAAAAAGUGAUAAUCCUCCGGAACAUGAAUCAGAAAUCUUAGCUCAUUUUUUAAGUCCUAUUCCUCCUUCUAUCACAUUAUCAUCUCAUCCUCUUUCAGAAAAUGACCACACAGAAUCAGAUAUCCAAAGUGAAGAACUCUCUUCCGAUAUCCAUGAACCUUCUCCUCUUCCUACCGAGGUAAUCUGGGAUAUCCCAGAUCAAACAAUUGAUGAAGAAGGAGCUUCAUAUGAUCCGUCUGAAAGACAAUGGGGUUAUAAUCAGUUCGAAACUUGGUCUCUUCCCAAAAUCCGAGAAUCGUUCACUAACCCCAACGUUAGAUAUUAUAUCCGGACAUAUGAUAUGACGGAAGAAAUUUAUUCUUCGAAUCCGGGUGGAACGGUUGCAUUGUUUGGUGGAGAUGUGUUGGCAGCUAUUUUGGCUGACUUCACUUCCAGACAUACGGGCAGGACAUUCACACAGUCUGCAGAAGAUGGCAGAAUGUGGAUUGAGGAAUUUGAAGGGAAAAAGGCUAGGAUGUCAGUGACGACGGAGUUACAAGAAGCUUACGAACAUGUUUUAAAAGGUACUUCACGAUGGCCAGGGAGGAUAGCAGAAGUGACGUGUCAGAGUUGGUCUUGUGCAGUACCUAUCGGAAAUUCCUACAUCCUGUUGGAUUUCACGGAUGCUUUUUCUGAAGAGGAGCUGGAUAAAUUCUAUGCGGCUCAAAAUAGUGUUACCCCUCCCCAAUAG